AGUGCCGUAGAUAUGAGGAACCCGUAAGAGGAAGAGAAGGUCCUAUCAACCCGAUGGCAACGAAAAACAGGUUUUUUAGGUAUACCUUAUUUUUGUGGUUUAUCUUAUUAUUGGCGGUUAAAAGAAAUUCAGAGUUUCAUAGAUAAGAGGAACCCGCAAAAGGAAGUGAAGGUCCUAUCUUUUCUAUCUGUUAAAUCGCCACAUCGCCAGCGUUCGUAUGCAUGCUUGUUGUGAUGGCUUGGUAAUUUCACGUGCCGAAAUUUUACUGCAUGGAAUAGAAGUCUAAUCUGUUGUGGAUAGCUGUAUUUAGAAGAAGUGGUUGUCCGCGCCCUCAUUGGCGAGCUUAUAAUGCGCCAAACGUAGCUUUCUAGCUCUCUCUUCUCAUUCAAUAAAAAAUUACCGAACGUUACAGUCCACCUGACUCUAUUAGCUCCGACAUCUUUGGUCCUAGCGACCUGGAGCAGAACUAGCCUCAAUAUGAGCACAAUUAACUCAAUAACAAAUCUUAAUCGCCAACGUGGGGCAAUUAAAACAAAAAUAGACAAAAUCCAAAAAUUUUUGGAAGAACAUUCAACGCAGCAGGAUGCAAGCGCCACUGCCAUCAUUCUCAAAAAGAAAUUGAAAGUAGCGAUAGAACUACAAGCAUCGAUAUCAGAACUGAUAAAAGGAUAUACGCUACUUCCAGAAGAAAUUGAUCUAAAAGACAAUCUAGAUGUUGCUCAAAAUGUAGAAGAUGAAAUCGAAGAAAUAGAGUGGUUCAUGAUUCAUGUACAGGAAAGACUGGAAUCAUCUCUGUGUACCACAUACAAUUGGCUGAUUGUGGAGAGGAUAAACUUGGUGAAACAGUAGCUAGAGAACUGCCUAUUUAGAUAGUUUAUUAAACUUUCUAUAUAGAUGUCUUUAAAAUUGUUAUCUUUUUAUUGCUUUUCCAAGUUCGGUAUGUUGUAAUCAUAUCAUUUGUUCACGUGUCGAGUAGCUCGGUUGGGGGGAGGAGGAAGUAAGAGUUUGAUUAUUUUAGCAUAUUAAUAAUUUAUUUACAAACAAUAUUUACAGACAUCAAUAACUGCAUCAUUCUUCACAUCAGGCUCAUUUGGCGCGCACCUCUACGCUCUCUCACAUUUGCAAAACAGACACAGCAGUUGUGGCGCUGCGCCACCUGCCGGACAUUAAGGGGAAAAUGUUAACUUUCGGGCAUCCUGAUGAUACAAUUGUCCUCAAUUGACACUUACUUAACAAAAGAUACAUACAUCGAUUAUUACAUAAUAGAUAUAGACAAUUAACAUUUUUUUUCAUA